UAAAGAAAACAAACGAACAACUCGAAUCGAAGGGGAAGUCAUGGCCACCACCAAGGAGCGACUGGAGCGGCUGAUCAACGCCAAGAAGCAGCUGGAGGCGCAGAUCAGCAAGAACGGACAGAUCCUGGCCGCCAACGACAAUGUGGGCAUGACCGGACCGCUGGUGGAUUCCGAGGGCUUCCCGCGCAACGACAUCGACAUUUACCAGGUGCGUCAGGCGCGCCAGACCAUCAUCUGCCUGCAGAACGACCACAAGGAGCUGAUGAACCAGAUCCAGACCCUGCUCAACCAGUACCACAGCGAGAUAGCCACCACUGAUCCGGAGCUGGUGAACCGUGCCUCCGCUUUGGACCUGGACAGCGACCGAUCGCCAGGAGGAGCCAAUUUGGCUGACCUUGCACCAGCUCGCGCCAUCGUGGUGGUCAACCUAGUCAGUCCCGAUUCCCCCGCCGAGAAAGCUGGACUUUGUGUGGGCGAUGCCAUCCUCCGUUUCGGCUCCAUCAAUAGCAGUAACUUCAAAGGAGAUCUCGCCCAGAUUGGCGAGGUCGUGCGCAACAUGCAGAACCAGAAUGUCCAACUGAAGGUGAAGCGUGCCGAGCAGCAGCUGGACUUGAUAUUGGUGCCAAAGACCUGGAGCGGACGCGGCCUCCUCGGCUGCAACAUCGUCCUGCCGCCCGAGGCCAUGGAGCACUAAUCUCAUGGCCAGGUCACCACUGGACGCGUUUGCUCUAAAUUGUGAAAAUUGAUUUUUGGAUUGGAAGCCUGAUUUCAGAAGGGUUUUCAGGCCAAUUUAGCCGGAGUCAUCUUGGUGAUUGACAGCAGGGUCAGUGUGCCAAGGGGUAGAAGAAAAGUUGACCAAGGUGGGUAACAGAUAAAGGGUAAUAGUAGUGAUUCAGGGUAUGAUGAGUAUUUGCUGCUUAAAUAGGGGCAUUUAUUCUUGAUCAAGUUAAUAAAUCUUUUUGAAUCACAAUCUAAAUAAUGAUCACUUUAGGCAGUUUUCCAAAGGAUGGCAUCAUACUAUGUUUUAAAACUGAUUUUUGAAAUUUUUUUUUUCUUUUUAAUAUAAUGUUUAUAUUUUAAAUACCUUUAUUGCGAUAAAUGUAAGAUUUAAAUUGAUGCAGUAAAUAAAUAUAUUUUCGGAA